CCGCAGGCUGGAGUGCGAGCGGGAGCGGCCGCCGGGCGCAGGAGCCGCCAUGCCCCCGGGGCCGCCGUGCGCCUGGCCGCCCCGCGCCGCGCUCCGCCUGUGGCUGGGCUGCGUCUGCUUCGCGCUGGUGCAGGCGGACAGCCCCUCCGCGCCUGUGAACGUCACCGUCAGGCACCUCAAGGCCAACUCUGCAGUGGUCAGCUGGGAUGUCCUGGAGGAUGAGGUGGUCAUCGGGUUUGCCAUCUCUCAGCAGAAGAAGGAUGUGCGGAUGCUACGCUUCAUUCAGGAGGUGAACACCACCACCCGAUCGUGCGCUCUCUGGGAUCUGGAGGAGGACACAGAGUACAUCGUGCAUGUGCAAGCCAUCUCCAUUCAGGGCCAGAGUCCAGCUAGCGAGCCUCUGCUCUUCAAGACCCCUCGGGAGGCGGAAAAGAUGGCCUCUAAGAAUAAAGAUGAGGUGACCAUGAAGGAGAUGGGGAGGAACCAGCAGCUACGAACAGGCGAGGUGCUGAUCAUUGUCGUAGUCCUCUUCAUGUGGGCAGGUGUUAUAGCCCUCUUCUGCCGCCAGUACGACAUCAUCAAGGACAAUGAGCCCAAUAACAACAAGGAAAAAACCAAGAGUGCAUCAGAAACCAGCACACCAGAGCACCAGGGUGGGGGUCUCCUCCGCAGCAAGAUAUGAAGCCUUCUCAGUGCUUGCUCUGAGCAGCUCAGAAGACAGUAGAGAAUGUGAGAGGACCUCACUGUUCUGACGAUGACUGUCCAGCAAACAUCUGGCCCUCUCUGCAUCUCCUCCCCCGUCCAUCUUCUCCUAUCAUUGGGCUUUACUAUCUCCUCUCUUGGCUUCUCUCUUUCUGAUGUCUUGUCCUGAAGCCUCUUGUUAACCCCUAACUCCAGGAGCACCUUAACAAUGUCAGUGGCUGAGGCUGUUCCCAGAGACAGAACUGCGGAUGUGAGAACCAGCCAGAGGGAUGUCUUUGCUGCAGGUAGACUGGGUGCCAGGGUUCUCGGCCGAGGACUCGUCUUGGCCACUCAGCUUGGCCGCAGGCUGUGUGUGAAAGGGCAGAGAAAAGAGACUUCCAGGCAGGGCUCUCCUUUUCUUCCUGGGAGGUCAAGAGCCCUGCUGGCCCUCCCCUCCUCUGCCCUGCUUGCCAUCUUGCAAGAAGUCUACUCUACAGUUCUGGUCACUUCUCUUGUUUGUUGCCUUCCCAGUCUCCAAACAAGCCCUCAGUGAAUAUCAAGUGUGGCUGGCCCCAUCUGCAGGGGAGGGGUUUCAUUGUCUGCUCGUCCCCGAGUCCUUCCUGGGCAUAGGGUGAAAGCUGACUAAAGCGGGGGCACAGCUAGCCAUAGUUCCUUUCCCCCACCUUAAGUCUCACGGUGGAGGCUGAACUAUAACCCAAAUUCUGACGAAAAAAAUCAAAUGAGCCACAAAGCUACAAGGCCUGGCUGCACGCUGGAGAAAGCAAUGCUGCGUGAGCCGCAUCCUCCACCUCCUGGCUUCUGGACUGGCUUCCUCUUUGAGGUAAUGCACAAAGUUCUGGGAGAGAGCAAGCACCAAGCCUGGCUGGAGCGAAGCUGUGGGGUUGCUGCUUUUCAGGGUCUCGACUCCAUCAGGCCCGUUCUGCAUCCGGCCAAACAGGACAUCUGCAGUGGGAGGCACAGCUUUGCAAAUGUGUGUGAUGUUAUUGUUUUGACUCUUGGAAAACACAAUCAGAGGGGAGGGCUCUGCCGAGCGAGGCCUGAGCUGACGGCCAGCAUCUUCCAUCUUUGUGGUGAGAGCAUCAGUGUGGAGUUCUGAGACCUGGAAGGUACUGCCCACUUUUAAAGGCAGUGCCUCGGCGUUGCAGCACUGUCAGCUUGGAUAACCGAAAAGGCACAGCUAUAUCCUACACCCUAGGGGCUGCUGAGCGACCCGAAGAAAGCCAUUCACCAGACAGAGAGCAGCUUCGCUAUCAUUACUGACUGGCCUCUGAGUCUUUGGAUCCUGCCAUCUCAUUCAGGGUCCUAUGAAAGUUAUCCAGGGUUCUUAUGUCCUUACCUAGAGCUUGAAGUGUGAAGUGACAGCUAGUGUUCUGUUCUCUUUUUCCUCUCUGCUGCCCCUUUCUGUUUCUUUUUUUUUUUUUAAGGUGCUUGAUGAGGCAAGUAGACUUCUCUGGGACUGAUGCACAUGGCUGCCAAAUGCCUGCAUGGGAAAAGUGAAUUCUACAUCUUCCAUUGGUGACCAAGGCAGUGUGGGAGGCUGUUCCCAGCACAUAGUAGGGAACAUAGUGCUUGGUGUUUGUUGUACUGAAUGAUGAGUACUGGUGCCCAAGUCAGAGAGCUAAAAGCCAUCACCCAAUGACUGCCCCCUCAUUUGGGUCUAUAACAGCUCUCAAGGCUGGGUCAGCCACUACCCUGUUUGCUCCGUGUGGCAGCACAGGGGAGGACAGACAGACAAGGGCAGAUGUCAGCAAUACUAAGGGCUUCCUCCUGGGAGGGCAUGAGGUUCCACUCAUUGUCUUGUGACUUCCAUCCCUGCUGAAUGGGGCUGCAAGGCCAAGGCUCCUUACGAGAGGUCCUUACCUCGAUCCAGUUAGAGCAAUAACCACUUUUUAAAUGUAAAAUAAAGACAAAUGAAAAGGCA